UCAAUUCUUCAAAAUUGAAAAAGGCAGGCUACACUCCUCUUUUAAAAGAGAAAAAAACAGAAAAGCACAGAGAGAGAGAUAUAUUUAGGGUUUAGAAAUAAGCAUAUGAUGAUGAUCACACGCAGCAAAAAGAAUAAAACCACUGUGACCAUUAAUCCACAGGCCUCAAGCUAUGAUGUACUCCCUCUGGACUUGGUGAUGGAGAUUAUUGGGAGAUUGCCUGUAAAAUCCAUAGCUAGGUUUCUUCUAGUAUCCAAGUUAUGGGCUACCACCAUCCGCAGUCGAGAUUUUAUCAAAUCUUUCCCGCUUGGUUCUUGUAAUUCGUCUCAACCUCGUUUCCUAAUCGCUUCCAAUGGUCGGUAUGGAAAAGAAAGAUAUUUCGAAUGGUACUUCUUCUCGUCGUCUUUCCUCUCGCGCUCAUCAUGUCCAUUACCAUAUCAUGUGUACCGUGCGCAUUACGUUAAUGGCUUAGUAUGCACUGGAUAUGGUCAAGAACAAUUCAUAGUUAACCCCACCACCGGUAAGUCCAUAGCUUUACCUAGAGUCAGAACCAGAAGAAAGGUCGCAAUAAGUUUUUUCGGAUAUGAUUCAGUUAGUGAUGAGUAUAAAGUAUUGUGCAUGACGGAAGCACAGCGAGGUCCUAAUUUUCAAGGGCCAUCGUCUGAGCAUCAAGUGUUCACAUUGGGAGCUAAGAAAAGAUCAUGGAGAAUGGUAGAAUGUAGCAUCGAUCACCGUCCUUGGUCUAGCGGCGUGUGCAUAGAUGGUUUUAUAUAUUAUUGUGCUGAAACCGACAAGAGUGUGUCGCAACACAGCGUAAUGAGAUUUGAUUUGAGGUCUGAAAAGUUUCAUCGUAUUACCGGAGUACCCACAGAGACUGUACUAUCUGAGGAGGCUCAAUAUAGCUACGUUGUGAUUUUAAACUACCAAGGGAAAGUAGCAAUACCCACCCAAACAUCAAGAUAUACGUUUGAUGUGUGGGUUAUGGAUCAAGAUGCUGAAGAACAUAAAUGGUUGAAGAAACUUACUUUCAGUGUUGAGCCUUGGAAGAGUUUAUUUGAUUUUAUAUCCAUCCAAGGCAUCACACUGAUGGGUGAGUUUAUUUUGGCACCAUACGGCUACAGCCCUCAUUCUUACGUUGUCCUUUACAACCACUACAUUGGCAAAUUUAGCAAAAUUAAGGUCAACGGAAACCCAGGCUGUAGCUAUACGCGGUAUCCGGGUGGAAUUUUCUUUUCGGAUUACAUAGAGAGUGUUCGGUUUUUGUAGAAUAAUUUCGAUGCUUUGUUUUUUUUUUGUUACCGUUCAUUAGUGUUAUUUCAUAAACUGUGAUCAUAUUUUUCAUAAAGAAG